AUUAAGCAAUUGAAUAUGACUGGUUGGAUCUAUAAGAAACAACCAAUUAUGCUCAUUCGCUCGGCGAGCAGGCAGCAGGGUAGCCGCUUUGACAACUUGAACGCGCGCCUAUUGAGAGCAGAGCUGAGCAGAGUGCAGAGCGCACAGCGCACUAGCCAGCACUAGCGCGGACACGCCGACCAACGCCGACACUACUGACGAAUUGACGAUACGACAGCGCCGCAUCGAAUGUCGUGUAUGUAAAGGUAAAUUGUCGUUUGUUGCAAUUUGUUGAUGAUACACGCUUAGUGAUUCAAAGUUAUUACUUUCCACGUUUUACGAGAAAUUUCAGGCAAAAUGUCUUAUCAAUUGUAUAGAAACACAACGUUAGGGAACACGCUGCAAGAGAGCCUUGACGAGCUGAUACAGUAUGGACAAAUAACGCCACAGCUUGCAAUAAAAGUAUUGCUACAAUUUGACAAAGCUAUUAAUCAAGCUCUUGCAACGAGAGUUAAGUCAAGACUUACGUUUAAGGCUGGCAAAUUAAAUACAUAUAGAUUUUGUGAUAAUGUAUGGACUUUUAUGCUAAAUGAUGUUGAAUUCCGUGAGGUCCAGGAGGUAGCAAUAGUAGAUAAAGUAAAAAUUGUUGCUUGUGAUGGAAAAACAUUGGAUGCAGAUGGAGCAGCAAAACGAUAACAAAUUUAGCAUCUUAUAAAUACAAGGGAAAUCUUUACAUUGUCAAAACAAACUUUUUCGUGAUAAAUAACAAGGCAAAUAAGUCAAAAUAAUGUAAAAAAAAUAGGUAUAUACUUUUUCCCAGUAAACAUCUAACUACC